CCCCCAGGAUAUAUCUUUAUCUUGAUUAUCUUUGGCGAAGAUCCGACAUCAAACACUGAGCCCACACGUGUUUUUCACUUCAUGUGAUCAAGGUCUCGCCACUUCCACGAACUCGCCGGUUGAUAUCCGCGGCCUUGCUUGGCAACCCAUACAUUUAUAUCUUUCCUCGAGCUACCAGUGGCUUACCGGCCUUGUACAAGCUGUAUCCCUAUUCAGACAACCUCUGAUCAGCAAAGCUUUCAUAAUGGCACCAUCAAUUUCGAUACCCACACAAGGCGGCAUGUUUCACACAUUCCAAGGAGUAACACCACGAAAGCCGUCCGUUGACUCUCGAGAUAGUGUCAAGUCCAGUAGUAAUGGCGCAGCCAAGAGGAUAACUACUCCUCAUGCUUGUGCUGAGUGCAAAAGACGGAAGAUUCGAUGUGAUGGUCAACAACCAUGUGGCCAAUGUCUCUCAAGCCGGGCACCGAAACGGUGUUUCUAUGACAAGCACCGUCAAAGGGUGAUCCCCUCGCGCAAAACACUCGAAGCCCUCUCCCAGUCCCUCGAAGAAUGCCGAUCAAUUCUGAAGCGACUAUAUCCUAACCAAGAAGCCCACGCCUUACUUCCCUUGUCAAGGCAAGAACUCCUUAACCUCCUAGACCGGCCCGUCCCGGACAGCACAGCGAACGGAUUACCGUCGCCUCCUAUGAACAAAACACCGAUGUCCGACUUGGACUCACCAACCAAGUCUGAAAACAUUUUGGAACAGAUUCCGACCCGGGAUACAGAGUGGGACGAGGAACGCCGGGAGAGGGACCUCAUCCCUGCAGAGGCGGACGAUAUCAACGCACUAUCACUCUCGGUGGACAGACAAGCUUCUUAUCUCGGAGCCUCGUCCAUCAAGGCUGCUCUUAUGGUUAUGCUCAAGGUUCAACCGGGAUUGAGGAGCUCCUUGGCCGCCCCGCUCAACAGUGUCGAGAUUUCUCAUAACUUCCCGGCCAUCAGACAGAAGUCAUCGACUCAAAAAGAUCCCCAGCGGAUCCUGUGGUCAUGGAAGGGACAGACGCUUAUCGAUGCCUACUUCAAGCGAGUCCACGUCUUCAUCCCAAUGCUCGACGAGACAACCUUCCGUGCCGAUUAUCUUGAAGGUCAACGAUUCGACGCACCGUGGUUAGCCUUGCUGAACAUGGUAUUUGCCAUGGGUAGCAUUGUCGCAAUGAAGUCGGACGAUUACAACCACGUCAACUAUUAUAACCGCGCCAUGGAGCAUCUUCCCAUGGAUUCUUUUGGCAGCAGCCAUAUCGAAACCGUCCAAGCAUUGGCACUCAUUGGCGGGUACUAUCUUCACUACAUCAACCGACCUAACAUGGCCAACGCCGUUUUGGGUGCCGCCAUCCGCAUGGCGAGCGCUCUCGGUCUUCACCGUGAGAGUCUUGUCCAAGGAGGAAGUGAUAUGGUCGCUGCCGAGACCAGGAGACGCACAUGGUGGGCUCUUUUCUGCCUCGACACCUGGGCCACUACAACUAUGGGGCGUCCCUCUUUUGGCCGUUGGGGACCCUCCAUCAACAUUCGCCCUCCCGAGUUCGGUGUGAAUGCCGGUCGGGACUCGUCUCAACACGCCGGUAUUCUCCCCACCAUUGAAAACAUCAAGUUCUGCAAAAUCGCCACUCAGAUCCAAGACAUGCUCGCCAUUUCUCCUUUGCUGCGUACCGAAGACCGCUGCAAUCUUGACGGGCAGCUCGUUGCCUGGUACAACAACCUACCCUGGCUCCUGCGCACCACGGACCCAUGCGCUGAGCCGCUCUACAUGGCCCGUUGCAUCAUGAAAUGGCGGUACCAGAACCUUCGCAUGCUCCUUCACCGCCCAGUCCUCCUCUCCAUGGCCUCAUCGGGUCUUAACCCACACACCCAGGCCUGUGACUCUGACCUGGCCGCCAUUGAGACGUGCCGUGAGCUUGCUGCGGCGACCAUUGAGGAUAUUGGUCGUGAAUGGACACGUAACCAGAUGUCCGGCUGGAACGCAGUGUGGUUCCUCUACCAGGCUGCCAUGGUCCCUCUUGUCUCCAUCUUUUGGCAAUGGGGUAACCCACGCGUCCCUGAGUGGCUCAAGCAGAUUGAGGCGGUAUUGGAGCUCCUUGAGGCCAUGGAAGAGUGGUCACUCGCUGCUCGCAGGAGCAGGGAGGUGGUUCUUCGCAUGUACGAGGCCAGCAGAGUCAUCCAGGCACAGGGUGCCGUAGCGCACCAACUACAGCAGAGGCGAUCGCAGAGCCCUCAUUCUGUCAACGGCACCAUGCACAUCGACAACGACUUGCUCAUGGGGUCACCGGAUUCGGCGCAGCUACACAUGAGUCCCAUCGGCCUGGAGCCCGUCGAAGGCUUGGGCAUGAUGGGUAUGCUGGACCAGGGCGGGAUGUGGGAUCUCGACGGCAUGUUCUGGGGCGCCAGUCCAAGCCCGUCGGUUCACCAUGGUCACCACUCGACUCACCCGGAUGAUGCGGUGGCCGCGGCAGCGGAGUUCGCUGCAGCGUUCCCGACGGCUGAUGGAGCACAUGGGCUUCUGCAUCACCAUUCGGCUAUGGAGUAUGGGAACAUGAUGGGUCACCACCAUGCAGGUGCUAAUGCUGGCCAGGGUCAGUUCGGAGGUGUGGAUGGGUAUACAGUUCAGCCCUGGUUUGUUUGUUAGCGCGGUUCUUGCGACAGAGGUCUGCAAAAGUACACAGAAAAACAACAGGACAACCACAUUCGAAACGGAAAAUUGGAUAGAGUGUAUGAUAGAGUGUAUGAAGUAUCCAAAACGCAUCUGGUUGAU